CUCUCUCCGUGCGUCUCUUUCCCCCGCUUCCUCUCGUCCUCGCCUUCUUUCCCUCCCGCCCGCCUCGAGUCCCGGCUUCCUCUCUCUCUCUCUUCCCCCCUCCCUUUCCUUCCUUCUUCCCUCCUUCCCCGCCAACCCCCCAUCCGCCAGGCGCGAGCCGAAGAUGGCAGGCUGGCAGAGCUACGUGGAUAACCUGAUGUGCGAUGGCUGCUGCCAGGAGGCCGCCAUUGUCGGCUACUGUGACGCCAAGUACGUCUGGGCAGCGACGGCCGGGGGCAUCUUUCAGAGCAUUACGCCUGUAGAAAUAGAUAUGAUUGUAGGAAAAGACCGCGAGGGUUUCUUCACCAAUGGUCUAACUCUGGGUGCAAAGAAGUGCUCUGUGAUCAGAGAUAGCCUCUAUGUGGAUGGUGACUGUACAAUGGACAUCAGGACAAAGAGCCAAGGUGGCGAGCCAACGUAUAAUGUUGCUGUAGGCAGAGCUGGUCGAGUCUUGGUCUUUGUAAUGGGCAAAGAAGGGGUCCAUGGAGGCGGAUUGAAUAAGAAGGCAUACUCAAUGGCAAAAUACUUGAGAGACUCUGGGUUCUAGUUGCUAGGCAGACUGUUAAGUAUUAGGGGAAAUUGCUAUUAAACUUUCCUGGCCUCAAGCUACAUUGUGGAAACUUUAUUAGCAAUGCAGGGUGAUGGGGUAUGAACCUGUGUCUCCUUUGUAUCCCUCUAUUGGUGGGGAAAGGUGUUAUUCUUUCUUUAAUUCUGUUCAUCCUUGUUUCCUUGUGUACUCCAGCAUUGGUUAUGGCCAUGGGAAAGGGAAGGUGUCCAUGGAGGGACACUCAACAAGAAAGCUUAUGAACUGGCUUUAUACCUGAGGAGGCCUGACGUCUAAGCAGCCUCUCCCCAUCCACAUAGCAACUGUUUUCACCACCACCUCUUGUGUUAAAAGUACUACCAGCCUAUAGAUGGCGGUUUUAUUUACACAUUUCCCUAUUGUCAUGGCUCCAGUUACCCUUUUCGUUUGUCUGUUAAUCACUGUUGUACCCAUGUUCUGUAUCUGGCACCAUCUAUUGCAACACAAAAGAUGAUAUGCAUGAUACGUUGAAGCCUUGGGAGGGAAUCAUGCCAAGUCCAGGCGUUACUUGUCUUAGCAAUUAGUGUGACAUUGAGAACUAAACCAAUUUAAAUUAAACUAAAUAAGGUGCCGAUUGUACAAUCCAGAUUGAUCAAUGCCUCCUCAGCACUUUGAGCAUUUACACAGCUCAUUAGUCUUCCUUUUGUAGAGCAUGGUUGGGAGGGAAAAAGUGCAUGCAUAUCUCUACUUUCCUCCCCCUUGUCCUUACCUUUAAUCCACUCUUCUUUUUUGUUUGUUUGCUUCCAUCUCUAUCUAUCUAUAUAUAUACAUUUUUAAAUACAGUGCCUGGUUUGUUUAACCAAUUUGCUGCUUGAAAGCUGUCACAAGUGUUGCUUUAGUUUUGUUGUUGCUCUUCUGUGUAGACUUGCAAAACUCUUCAUGGUGUCUGAAGCGCAUCCUGCUUUUAAAAGGGUAACUGCAAAACUAUGAAAAGGUGCCGAUGCUCUUCGCCCCUCCCCUUCACCACCAUCCCCAUCUUGAAUGAAUCCCCAGGGACAUUCCAUCACCGCAAUAGCUCAGGCACGUAAUUUUGUUUUUGUUUUUGCCAGCUCCUGUUCUGUAGUUGAAAUGUAAAAAGGCUGCCAUCAUGGACUUUAGAUAUCCCAGUGUAACCAUCUGGAGUGUGUCCGGUUUCAUUUUUUCAUAGGACCAAUUUGAUUUGCAGCUUGGGUUUUUAUAUGAAACUGCAUUGUCAUUGUCAACAAACUACCACCUCCAGCUAUACACCUAUAGCCUAGUCUGAGAUCAGUCUGUCAGAUCAUCAACUGAGAAAUAAGAUUUGCUGCUCUGAUAUCAGUGUAUGUUUUGAAGGUUGGUAGUUGUAAGAUAAAACGGUCCAAACGGAUACCAUUUCAAAUCUAAUCUUCAUUUGGCCUGUUAUGCCCUUGCUGCAGAAAUUGUGGAGUGAACUGCCUUGUGCACUAGUCAUCCGAAACAUGUGUAACCAAAUUGUCAGUUUGAGCACAGUACUAACUUGUAUGUCCAUUUAAAAGAGAACUGCAGAACUCUGUAUACAAAAGAGAAAAUGGAAGAUGGUCUUGGUUGGAAUAACUGAGUUGGCUGUCUUGUGAUGAAUUUUUAAUGUAUUCUGUGCCAUACUAAUGUUUUAAAAAAAUGAACUGUUGCUAUUGUGAGAUGGAUUUUAACUGACAAGAAAGAUGUCUUCUGAAUGGCACUACUUUAGGGACACUAGUAUUUGCUUCUAUUGUUCGGGCCUUUGUGGAUAAUGUACAGACUUAAAACAAAUUCUUGUUGCUGAUUUGUCCAUUUAUUUCCCUGCACUUUGUUACAUCUGGGAUACAGUCUAACUCAUCUGAUUUAAUAUGCAUUUCAAAAAAUGCCAUAACUAUUAAACACCUUGUUUACAGACAGAUGAAAUAAAUUUAUUCCAACCAAAUAAA